AUGGCAACGUGGCAAGUCCAUUUCAGCCAAUCACAGUACAGCGAUAACGAGCUGCAGGAGGACUCCAAUCCGGAGGCGAGGUUCAAGGGAUCCACCGACUUUGGGAAAAGCGGUUCUCCAGCUAAUUGGUUUCCACUCCCACCGGUGCAAAGGCCCCAUUCUGAGCAGCCAUCCAUCCAAUCCAACCCAAACCCAGUCCAUGCUUUCCGUUCCAUCUCAUCUCCCCUUCACCACCCUGUUUCUUAUCCGAUCGGAUUGAUUGGCACGGGAGAGCAGUCGGACACAACGGUCGGUCUGUCACCGCCAGAAAGACGUUGGACUUGA